AUGUAUAUCCUCAUUAGGAUUUGCGUUAAUGAGAAAGACAAAAAUUAUUUGUGCAACAAUUUUUUUUUUUUCAGUUCUUCUCUUAUUUUUAUCAUCAUCAUCAUCAUCACCACCACCACCUCUAUGCAAAACUCAUUUGAUCAAAAGAAAAAGAGUAUUCUACUGGAGAUUUCAACCAAUGGUCCAGAUAACUUGGAUGCUUCACCAAAGGGUACCAUCGAUGAAUUUUGUAUUCCUAUCAUCAAUGUCAUAAAUUCACACAAGGAUAUGGUUACCACCUCAUCAUGUUCUGGAAGAGUAUCUGUUUUUCUUGAAGGUGUUAAAGCAGCAGAUUCUACUUCUAUUGUGUCAAAAGGUAAUCAUGGUCAUUGGUUAUUUGUUACUCAUGAUCCAAAAGAUUUAGAUGAUUGGUAUAAUUCUAUCCCAUUCAAGUAUGAUCAACACAAGUUUCCUACUGAUUCUACUUCGAGAAGUAUAUUAUACAAGUUUGAAGCAUUAAUCUUACACGUAAAGUGUCGAGAUGAAGAAACAGCACAAAAAUUAUAUAUUUUGGCGAUGAACAAUGGAUUUAGAGAAUCAGGUAUUGGUAAUAAUUUUAAUGUUGCUAUUAGAAUCAGUAUAAAGUUAGAUAUUCCAAUUGGUUUCCAAGAUCUCGGAAGUGAUGAUUUGAAUUGUUUUGUAAAUAAGGAAUACUUGAAGUAUAUUACUGAGAUUUCUCAUGAUAGAUUUAGAGAGAAUUUCAAAAAACUUGAUCAAUUACAAGUUUCCAUUGAAAACAUGAUAAAGGAAGAUGCUAGCGGUAAAGCUGCUUUGUCAAGUAAAAAGAAAUACAAGUACACUGAGACAAAAGAAGAAAGAAGAGAACGUAUGAUUAAAGAAGGAUUAGAAAGACAACAAAAACUUAAAGAAGCCAAAGAGUUAGAACAGCAAAAUCAAUAA